AACUUAUUUUUUCUGUAUAGUUCGGCUAAAAUGUAAAUUGUAUAGGUUUUAAUAUCCUAUCCAUUUUAAAAUUUGAAUUGCAAAAUGACUGCUGGCAACAUUCUUGCAAAAGCAUUGUAUGAUAAUUUGGCAGAGACAGAGGAUGAACUUAAUUUCCAUCGCGGAGAUAUUGUUACAGUUAUCGAGCAAAAUACUGCAGGAAUUGAUGGAUGGUGGCUUUGUUCUUUGAAUGGUCGGAAAGGCAUUGCACCGGGGAAUCGCUUACGCUUGAUGCCCUUAAUGCAAGGUAUUUCGCAACAAACUGUUUUGGAAAAACCUUUGAUAAAUGUGGAAGAUGAAGAAUACGAUAUUCCAACUCACCAGUAUUAUAAUCAGAAUAACAAUAAUAAUGAUCCUAAUGAUGUUUAUGAUGUCCCGGUUUCGAGGCAUUUCGGGUCACGACCGGAACUCGAUCUUGACCCUGAUGAGGUAUAUGAUGUCCCACCGGUUCAUGCUACAUUGCAUACAUCAAACAUUCAAUUGAGCAAUGAAAAUUUACUAACGUCUUCACCGCAACAUCGGACGGUUACAAUUGAACAAGAAGUCUAUGAUGUUCCUUCUAAUCUAAUCGCUCCUGCGAAUAUAAGCAACAUAACCAGUGAGUACGAUCCUUCGGAAAUUUAUGAUGUGCCACCAAAUCGGUCUUUAGAGCCUGAGGAAGUAUACGACGUGCCCGUGUCUAAUAAAAUGUCAGGGCCUGAACCACUAGAUGUCAGUGCAAUGCUCGUACAACAAGAGGAAGACGAAGAAGAAUAUGAUAUUCCUCUGUCACGUCCGUUUGGCCAAGAUACGGUCGAUAGCGGUUUGAUUCCAAUGUAUCAAGCUUCAACUCCUUCAUCGAAAGUGGUUAGCUCCGAUCGUCUUGAUUCACCGGAUUUAAUUUACGAUGUCCCAUCGUCUAAUCGUUCAGCUGGUGAUAUCACAGAUGGGAGUUUGAAUUUGAGCAGCGUGAGCACAAGUUCAAAAUUUCAUCCUGGAAAUCGUAGCUUGUUGAAACAAGAAUCUGAAGACUAUGUUUACGAUGUGCCGCCACGAAUCACACGAGAACCGUUAUCAACUUCACAACAGACUGAGAACGAGUCGCUAGAUCUCGUCAUCAAACGUCUAUCUCUUGUCGGUUCAGCGGAAUAUAAAAAUGAUCGUAAAUCAACUUCAUCGAGUGAUUCUCUUUCUAGUAUUAUUGCAGCGAACGCCAACUAUACGGAGUUAAAUCUGGAGUUAUCAUCAGCCAUUGACCAACUUAUAAAAAUGAAACAGUCUCUGGAAGACAGUGUUUCGGUGCUGUUAACCCACGUCUAUGAAGGCUGGAGGUUAAAAGAAAACAUUUCUGGCAAAAUUGGUGUGAUUAAAGGAGUUUUUGAGGUCGUUCUAUCAGCAGUUGGGCAAUAUGUUGAAUUCGCAAGAGGAGCAAUGGCUAAUGCCAAUGCAGCCCAGCAACGAGGUUUAUCUGUAACUUUACCCCGAGCUCUUAUAACAGGGAUGCAUAAACUUUUGCAGCCCCUGGAAGAAGAUAAUUUAAUGUUACAGCAAGCGUUUACUGCAUUAGAUCAAGCAUAUUGGAGCCUUGGUAAAGUAGUAUCAAAUGAUCCAGACUUCGGGGUCCCUGAUGAGAUUGAUAGCUUCGUUAUGACAUCCCGUGCUGUGUCAGAUGACGCUCGUCAGAUAGCUGCGUUCAUUCACACACACUCGCAAUACCUUUUCAAGAAAGUGGAGACACGACCUCCAACUGCUUUUGAGAAUUACAAAGCACAACAGAUUAUUCAAACAAGGCCUUUACCAGAUCUACCUCCCCAAAAGCUACGGUCUCCCACUACUAUUAUCACAAGACCAGAUGAAGACUCCUGGCUUGAGGAUUAUGAUUAUGUUGCGUUGGACGACCAGGGUCAAACCAUACAAGAUGGUACAUUCAAUAACAGCAAUUCAAGCGUGAUCAACGAGGUUUCAAUAAAGGUGAAAACGCGACAUAUCGAAGUGUUACAAGUUUUGGAAAUGAGUAAUAAACAACAUGGCGUCCCCAAGAUUAUCAACGGUAAAACAAACGAGAAUAACUCAAUAACUAAUGACCAAUUUACUCUCCAAGACAUGGUUGAAGAUUUACCAAUUCUUGUUGAAAGCCUUGUAUCAGCAAUAAAAGGAUUUUACUCGUGUUUGGAUAAUAACGACCCGCCGAAAACCUUUGUCGCACUUAGCAAGCAAGUUAUUCUUUGCGCCCACGAACUUGUCUUUUUUGGAGAUACUUUAUAUCGACGGUUACACCAUCAACAAAUGCAAGAUAUAGUUAAAGGACAUUGUACAGAAAUAUGUACUUCAUUAAAACGAACUGUUGCGGCAACUAAAAAUGCAGCCCAGCAAUGGCCUUCUGUAAAUGCAGUGCAGGAAAUGAUUGACAGAGUCACAGACAUUUCUGCAUCAGCACAUCAAUUUAGAAUUUUACUCAGUCAGUGUUCUGUAAGGUGAGCAAAAAUCAUUGUGGCAAUUAAAACUUUUUAUGUAUAAAUCAGUGCUGUGGACUCGCGAUUGUAAAAUCUUAACUCCAACUUCGGCUCAAAAAUUCAAAUUUUGAUAUCAAACUAUCACAUAUGCAAGGUACUUCAAUUACCGUAAUAGACUUGCAUUGAGACAUCUUAGUAAACUUGAUGCUUUCUAAAUAUACAACUCCGGGAAAUUUCGACUCCUUGUCAUUUAAUUUGAAUGUAUAACUCCGACUUCACAGCCGUCAUGGGAGUACGUUGACCUUGGCAGCAUACCUAUACUUGACUUACCGUAAAUCAAGGUCAAAUAUGUGCAAUUCUCAAAUCCGUUGCGCAACAAUUCUAGCACCUAUCACUUGUCUUAUUUUUAUGGAACAUGUGGUGCUAAUUUCACAACCUUCAUUUCAGUUUUAUAUUUUUUAUUUCAAACAUAAUUGAAUGAUUUUAUCAAGAUUAUUUUUGUCAAUUUACAUUCGGUGCAUGGUUUUUUUCUGUUGUGUCUAUAUUCUCCCUAGUUGAGGAAAGCAAUGAAAUAACAUUUUUUAGAGUCACGUCAUGUAUACAAAUAAAUAUUAAAAUUAAUUCAAUUCCUUUUAUGCUUCAUUCAAUAUCAAUACAACUAAACCAGCUUACGUAUGUUACAUUUCAACAUUUCAAUAAAAUAGCACUUUUUUAAUACUUUGGUUCUAAUUUCUGAAAAAUGUGACAAGCUGUUUUGAUUUUACUGCAGCAAUAUGGUUCUCUUUUAGCAUCUCAUUCAUUGGGCCUUGUGAAAUCAAUCUAAAUUAUAACAAUCCAACGGACAAAGAAACCCAACCCUUAGAAUUGUCAAACACAUUAUUUAUUUAUCAAAUUGCAUUAGAUCAUCGCAGUUGUCGUUUCAGCGCUAGACCAUCGCCGCAAAUAAGACUUCAUGAAAUUUUAAAACAGUUGUUCAAACUGUAAAUAGGUGACUCAUCCAAUACUGGAAAUAUUUUACAUUCCGUCCAUUUUAUUAACACUAUGAGCUUUGUAAUUUACUUUGUACGAUACAUUUUCUUCCCGGAAGGAAUUUGAGUUCAUCUCAUUACUAUAGGCUUCCCACUGGGCACUGAGACAUACAUAAUCCCAUGAUUUUCUACCAUAAUUAUAUGAGAUAUAAUGAAAUCAUAUAGGUAUGUUUCAAGUUAUUUGUUUAUUAAUUUUCGUUGCAAGCUUUUGAUAUUCUUUUAGAUACUGGUACUUCAUAUACAGUAAGCACUUUCCAAUGUUGUGAUUUUUUCUUAUGGGCAUUUUAAUGUAAAAUUGAAUUAUUUUGAACCUAAGCACACCACCGUACCCCGAACUUGGUGGCUAUACUAUAAGAAUUUGUCAAUUUACUCAAUUUAGGCAAGUUAAUCCGCUAUAUAUAUAACUGUUUGAAAGUGAAGACAAGAAAUGUACUGGUAUUUGCAAUAUUGAUAUAUGAGAAUAAGUUGAACAUAAUCUAAUUUAGAACAUUCCAAAAGUAUUUUUGAGUCUGAAAUAUGUUAAUGUUUUAUUUUAGAUUAAGUUUAAUACCCGAGUAAUUUUCAUUGCAUAGUAAAGGACAUAGUAGACUAUGUUUGAAUAGUUCAUCAUUUUGUGAAUUCCAAGUCAAGUAAAGUUUUAUCUGGCUGUGAGAUGUCCCAUUGUUCAAAAUCAAGAACUUACAGUGAAUUCAACUAUUUUAAAUGUAUUUCAUUAUUCAAUUCAGCUCGCAUUGCUAUGAGCCUGGUAUUUCUGGUUUCAUUUUCAAGGAGUAUUGGCUUACUGAGGUCUUUGUUUUUAUAAAAAGAAAAAUCAUAUAAAAUUUAGGUUGGUACAUCCUACAUGUAAGCUUUUUUUCAAAGCCUGGUUUACUAAUUUAAUAAUUUUAUCCCUGAUUUUAUUGGUUUUUAAAGAUUUUCUAUGUUAUUAAAAUUUAGCCUGCUUUCAAAGGUUUUGUAUCAUGUCAUCUUUUACAAUUUCUUAGUAGCAACUUAUGGCAUCAGUUUCUUAUCUGUUGUUUUUAUAAAUUCAAAUUCUCUUGGUAUUGGCAAUUGUGGUUAAGGAGAGGCAGCCUAUAUGUCUGAAUUCUAUUUUGGUAGCAUAUGGUGUGGUGGUGAUAUA